AUGAAACGCGUAAUUGAACCUGUUCGAAAAAGUUUGCUGGACGUAAUCAAAAAAAAUCUUCGAGCUACUGGUAAGAUUACGUAUAUAACACGUGUUACGUAUGUUGGAGAAUAUAUUGGUGAAAAUGUAAAUUUAGAACAGCAAAUAGAAUCUAUAAUAAAUAGUUUACAAGAAGAUUAUAUCAAUAUCCCCAUCACUGGAUUGUUCCUUAUUUAUCCUAAAUAUUUUGUUCAUGUAAUAGAGUCGGCAGAGGAUAUAAUUUAUAGACAUUUCAAAGCUUUAAUUAAUUUUGAAAAUAAAAAGUGUAAAAUAAAAAGAGCAAUUUAUCUCCCGACUUAUCAUCAUGUUCAUCAGAGAUUUUUUUCGCAAUGGUCCUAUGUGUAUUCAAUACCACCUUCGUUAAUACAACCAUUUACAUCAUUUGAAUUGGAUGAUAUUCUAUAUCAAAUGUCAAAUUGCUUUAGAAAAAUUUAUAUAUUGUGUGAUCAUAUUUCAAAUACGAUUAAAGAUAGCUCAAUUCCAAUGAAUGAAGUCGUGAAAACAUUAAAUGAAAAGUUUGCACCAUAUUAUCCUGAAAGCACAUUAUUAGAGUAUUUAUUGAAUAUCAGACAUCCUGUAAUUUUAACUAUUGAAGACUAUUUGAAAAUAUUUUCUGUCACGCCAACAAUUAAUUUGUAUUCAGAUACCAUCUGGCCGGCACCUCGUGAUAUGAUAUUCUGCCCCGAACUCAAGAAAAAUGAUUAUAACAAAGAUUAAUGGGAAAAAACCAAAGCCCAUUCAUUAAAAACUUUAAAAAUUUAAUUUUAAAGAUUUAUUUGAUUAUCAAUUUGGAAUCACGUUUGCUUUUUGAAGAAUAUAAUUGAUUUUUGAAAAGAAAAGAAAAAAAACUAUUUUUCUCUGCUAUUAUGAUAUCUCGUGUUUUUUGAACAAUGAUGAUAAAAGUAUGAUGAUGAUAUAAAAUUUCAAUCCAAUACCGAUGCCGUUCGGUUUAGACCGUUUCGUUGAUGUUACUAUGGAGAAUUGUUCGAAUAAAUUAUCAAAAGAUAUUAUAUUGGCAGUUUGUGUUGAAGAUUUAUUGUGCUGCUAGCGAAACUCGUUAAGCGCCUUAGAUCAUUCGAAACGAUACUAGCGCAUCACUAUCGUGUCAGGAUGAAUUCGUAUUUAAAUUUUUGUUCAGCCUUUUAGCGUAAGACGCUUAAUACAAGAUGAAAUAGGUGUUUUUCGUAACGAUUAGUAAAGUUCCCCUUAGUACACUGGCUAUGCGCCGAUAUCAAUUCCAUCAAUGGCAAUAAUAAAUAACGAGUUUUUAUUUCAUUCGCGCGUUUCUCUUUCAACGCAGUGUGUCUUUUUCUCUCUUUUUUUUCUUCUUUUUUUAAAUAUUACAAUCAGACCGUGUCUUCGAGGAUAAAACUUAACGACUAAAGAUCGAAAGAACACAUUCAUCUAGAGGAUUCGAAAGAACGACUAAUUCUCGAUAAUAUUUACACGAACGAUUCGUGAAAAACCAUUGUUCGCCAUUUUCCUAUGACCGUAUUACACCGAGUUAUCUGUUAAAUUAUCCAGAUCUUCCCGUAUUUUUUCCUUUUCCUUCUUUUUCUACCAAAUAUUUUCUUUGGCUGUUAGAUACACGCAUGCACACAAAUGUGUUUACCAUUUAUUAGGAAAAGGAGACAUUUACAGAGCGAAGCGAAAGCUCUCUCUUUUUCUUUCUUUUUUUUUUUUUCUUUUCUCAUCUUUGCUGUGCUUAACGAUCAAGGAAGCUAUAAAUAUUCGUCUUUUUUUCUCUUUCACGAGCUUCUAGUAACGAUUCGUGGAUAGAAGUUAUACAUACCAUACAAUAAUACAUUUUUCUUAACGCUUUUCGAAAGUUUACGAUUCUUUCGGUUCAUUUUGUAUGGAAAAUACAAUAUAUUUUCUAAUCUUUUCAUUUUUCAUUUCAUUUCUACAAAGUUUUAGAAUAAAAAUUAAAUAAGAUACAAAGUGAAUCUCAUUAAAAAUGUUAAAAGUAUCGAAAUAGAUCAA